AUGUUGCAGAACACUGAGACCAUAAAGUCUCAAAAGGAUGAUUUUUGGAAGCAAGUCACAUUUUCUAGCGAUAACUACGAUAAAUAAAUCAAGAAGAAAGGUUUCACAGUUCUUUAAUGUACAUUUGAGAACUGCCAUAAAACGUUCAAUUCUUAAUCAUCUCUGUCAAGACAUCGAAAUGUACACUUAGGGAUCUAGCCUUAUGCUUGCCCAUACUCUAAUUGUUUCAGCAAGUUUUCAUAAAGAACUAGUCUCAGGCAUCAUAUCAGGACACACACAGGCGAGAGACCUUAUGUAUGUUAGCAUUGCGGUUGGGCCUUCGCCACUAAUGGUAAUAGAAUUGAUCAUGAGAGGCGCCAUCUCAAAAUUAAGCCGUACUCUUGUGAACAAUGCGGCAAGUGCUUUUACCGUCCUCAUUAACUAAAAUCACACUAAUCAAAAUGCUCAGACUUAUAAGUUGACUUUGAGCCAAAUGAUAACGAGGAAAUGAGUGAAACAUUAAAUUUUGAUUUUAGAGUCUAUAAUAAUUAUCCAAACGAUUUCUCAUGUAUCUAUCAAUAACAGAGAAUCCAGGAGGAUUUUUACGAGAAUAGUAAUAUAAAGAAACCUGUUUAGAACGAAUAAUAAAAAAUCGGACAAGUAGUUGUUCAUCCGACCACCCACACCCAUGACACACAAAUUCAACAAGAACUAAAUUAGUUAAAGUCGUCAUUUUUAGAGCAGAAAAAAUAGUAAAAUUUUUUAUUUCAAGAACAAUAUAAGUCAACAGAUCUGAUAACCUAAAAUCCUAACUUCUCAAAUAAUUUAAACAUGCAUUUGUGA